UAUCGUACAAGGUGUGAUGUAACUUGACCAUAAGUUUCCUAAGAUGACACGAUGCUGCAGCUUAAGGUCAAGUAGAAGCGAUACAUCAGGGUAUUAACAUCCUCUUAUAGAAUAAUAAAGCUGUGGUGCACCUAACAACGGUACACUACGCUAGAGGUGAAGCGCUGUGAAAAUCAAUCGAGUAUAGAAUUGAUCCUUGUCGAUUGUCUGUGUUCUGGCAACGACGAUAUGUUUAAAUCUAUAUCGCCUUUUGACAGAAUAUAAGGGUACAAAAAAUAAUAAUACAAUUAAUAUUCACGCCAAUGAAGCGAUUAGCGUUUUAUAUUCAGUCGAAGAUCUCAGAUAUUCAAUACGGUAUGACUAUAUAGAAACGUAGUGGUGGUAGUGCAGUUUAAAUUAGUUACUAAACAAGACAAAUGACGUGCAAUAUUUUACUCUGAGAAACUUUUAAUAUAGUUUGUCUUGUCUUAAAUACUCUUACAACAUGGAUUCAUACUUAUUUGGAUAAAAAUUUUAUUUACAUAGAAAAUUGGAUUUUAAAAUCGAAAAAUAAACAUAGUGCUCUGAUUUAUAUAAAAAUUCUCACUGGAAAAUCAACAAUCACGAUUUAAUAUUGAAAAGUUCGUUGUGUUGGAAGUAAAAGGAGUUUAAGUUUUAUUAUAUUUUACAAGUUAUUGUUUACAUUGGAUUUUCUCUGCUCUAAGUAAGUAAAUAAAACACAGUUCUUUUAAAUCUAGAAUGAUAAACAUUAAAUUCACAAUUACAGUAUGAUAAUAGACGUUUAUUCUGUAAUUAAAGCCAGUUUGGAAUUAAGUAAUAGAGGAAUAAUUGAGUAAUGGGAAAUUCAUAAGUUAGUUCAAUAAGAGCAUUAAACUUGGAUUCGGCACAAAAAUGUCAGCCAGUUCGUUUUCUUCAAUUUCAACAACACAUGGAGCCUGUAGAACAGAGUUUAAACGACAGAAAACAUAUUUAACUCUCGAAAAACAGUAUAUUAUAGAUAAUGAAUCAACUGAUCCACUACCUAUCGUAGAACUAAAACCUUUUGUUAAAAAAGUAUGGAGGCGAGAAAAAAGUCUGCCUUCUUUUUACGAUAUGUUACCUCCAUCAAAACCGCUAACUACUAAAUCUAAAAAAGCAGAACAGAUAUUUCCACAGGAUCCUCCACCGCUGGAGAAAAUAGAACUGUAUAUUGGUAAUGGCGUAAUUGAAAAUAGAACCGAAUUGAAGGCGAGGCAUACAAGUGGACAUUUAUCGCCUAGAUGUAAAUCAAAGAACUUGAUUCAUCCGUCAGCUGAAACAAAGGCUCCAAAGCAAAUAGAACACACACAAAGUUUAGUUCCUGGCUUUAUAUCAAGAGACGAACGUAGUAAAACAACUUUAAAUGAAAUUCAGCAUUCAGACAGUCCGACUAAAAUACAAACUGGUCUGAUGUCUUCUUUGGAAAGGAAAGAAGUUGACGAACCUUCGAUGUUUAUAAAUUUGCGAGGGGAUAGUUUUAAACCGAAUGGGGCCGUUAGGAGACCUCUUAGUUAUUUCGUUCCACAUAGAAAUUCAAUGAAGAAAAAUGGCAUGUGGCAACAACUUCAAAGUACGGACAAUUUGCCUAAUUACAUUACACGUCACAUGAUGUCUCGAAGCCCUCUCUCUGAUGACACAAGCCGUUCAUCUUCGCCAUAUUAUGAUUCUUUCGAUAAAAGAGGAACUUUACCUUCAAUCAAAAUAUCUUACCAGACACUUGCUAAACGACCGAAUAAACCGAAAAUAGAUUCUGACGAUUACAACACCUCUCCUUAUCACCAAGUAAGUAGAAUAAACAAUGCUCUUUAUGAGCUGAGUAAAUAUGGUGCAGCGUCAAAAAUAGAAAGACAAUUGAGUUUCCAACUUAAAAUAGACUUGCACAAAUUUAGGAAAUCACGUGAUUACUUCCCGUUCGAUAUAACACCGAAUGAAUUAGCUAAGUACUACCCCCCUCCAGCGAUCAAUCUGACAAAUGGGGAAAUACAGAUCAGAAAGGCUCAGCAAUUGAAUACCCCAAUGAAAAGGCGGAAGGAACAUAGACAAAAGUCACAAGUGUCGUUCCAUUCUACUUCUGAUAAAAUAGAAAACCAAGAAUGGGGUCCUAGUAGAACAGAAGACGAAAGACCCAUUGACACUCGAAAUACUAAUUUGGAGAGCGCUUUAGAGAACAUUGCAGAAUCAGAAUCAGAGGAAGAGGAAUUAAAACUUAAAGAAAUUACAGUGCCUAGUCAAUUUGACAAUGUUACUAAUACGCAAGAAAGUGACAGUGCUUUACGUGGAUUAGAUGAUUCGCGCACCGGUUUUACGCAACCAACACAACCAACUAAAACAACAAUUGAUAUAGGACAACAGUCUACUUUCCAUUCAAACAUGGCAGAAGCGACUUCUACUCAGGAAAUGGACGUUGAACCACACGAACAAAAUGAGCGUAGUGCUCUGUCAACAAGAACAUCUGGUAUCAUAUCGGGCGUAAGGGACGCAAAUAUUUCUUUCCUUAACGCAAGCGACAUUCAAAAGGACAGUGAAUCUAGAGAAGCUAAGAGUGGUAAUAUUGACAAAUUAGAACGCGACAGUACUUUUCUCACCUCCGAUCUCAAUACGGAUUAUGGUAAUCCAGAUCUAUCUGUCGUGAGCUGAUGCAUGAUUAAACAGUCUAAGGUUAAGGCUUUAAUUUAAAUUGUUAAAUCUUAUUAAUCCGUAUUGUAAACUAUGCAUAACCCCUGGAACAAACUCAACUGUGAUAUAAAGAAAUAUGCAAAAG